AUGGACUUAGAUUAUUCGGAUAUUGGUGAUUUAGAGUCGAGACUAGAGUCGCGACUCGUUGCACAUUCCGGAGCAACUACGCCAGAAGUUUCUCCCCGCUUCUCCGCCGUUCACGGAGUAAAAGUAAUGGCUUCCACGGUGUCCUUGACCGCCCCCUCCGUUUCACCGUUGCACCGAGCUCUCUAUCCACCUGGCCUCCUCCGCCCUUCCUUAGUCACACUCCCGAAAUCCCUCAUCACCACAAGCUCUACAAUUCUGCUCAAACCCAUCUAUGUCAUUCCCUUCUCUUCCAAAUCACCUAGGUUUAGGGUUUCUGCUUCCUCGUCUACUCAAAUUUUGACUCGGUCCCCUCCCUCCACACUACUAGCCGAGUCAACUCGGACCGUCUCCACCAUCUUAGCGCUCGGGUUCUCCCUGUCCCGCUUAUUACCUCAUUUGAUUCAAAAAGCGGCGCUGUCAAUCAGUGGAAUCGUAGACCUUGCGGCUAUUCAGUCUUUUCAACAACACAGCAAUCUGGUGUACACUGUUGGUCCCGCCUUUUUCGCAGCUAUGAGGGAUCGGCCUAGCGGGUAUUUGAACACGCCACUGACGGUGGUGGCGGCGGGUCUCGCUAAGUGGCUAGAUAUUUACAGUGGAGUUUUGAUGGUUAGGGUUUUGUUGAGUUGGUUCCCCAACAUACCAUGGGAACGGCAGCCUCUAUCAGCGAUCAGGGACCUCUGCGAUCCUUAUCUUAAUCUGUUCAGGAAUAUCAUCCCUCCUAUCUUCGAUACUUUGGAUGUUAGCCCGUUGCUUGCUUUCGCAGUGUUAGGGACGCUUGGGUCGAUUCUCAAUAACAGCAGGGGAGCGUAUUGAAGAUGAUAACAAGAGUUGGUCUUUUGUUGGUGGUUAUGAUUGAUUAGAGGCGCAUAGUUUGCUAUGACCACUCUAAUUUUGAACUU